GGCAUUGCAUGACAUAAAUGCACUUACAUACAUGCAGGCAAUAUACUCAUACACAUAAAAUAAAAAUAAGAAAAUAUUUUAAAAGUCAUGGACUAGAAGGAAAUGACCAGUGUGAAGAAGGAUCAGACAACAAUAGCUACAAGCAUCAUUAGCCUGGGAUGUACACACAUAGUCAAAAAAGGACAGGGCUUCAUCCAAGGUACUUCAGAGGGCAGAACCAGAUCACAGCAGAUAGGAGUUAUCAGAAGGCUAUUGGGGCCCAUUUGAGGCAAUCCUUUCUUCCCUUGAGAACUCUGUGAACAGAAUGGAGGCUAUGGAUACAAGAGGGAGAUUCCUUGACAUUGACCAACAACAAUUUGUAGCUCUGGAAAGUCCUGAGCUGGGCAGGAAGUUCCACUGUGCAGCUGAGGUUAUUGUUUACAGCAUCAGUAAAGGCCCAUUAAAAGAAAACCACUUCUGGUCAAGAGAAUAGACUCUCUGGCCUGAGUGGAGACCUAACAUUCCAGUUGGGCCUGUCAAUCACCUGGCCAAGGGACAACCCCUCAGGAAGGCAGGUUCACCUGAAGCUAUGCUAAAGAGAUAGGAGAAAUAAUAAUGUACUUUCCCUCCACAGAAUUCUGCCCCCUAGGACAGGAGCUCACAGAGCUGCAGUCUUACAGCUUUGUAAAGAGCCACGUUGAAUAAAUUUUCCUGUUCUGCUUUUCAUGAUUAAUUCAGCUAUUUUAAUUGGUUUUGGGGGGUAGCUACCAAAUCUGGCUUGUUGGUGAUGCCAUCUAAGGGUGCAGGUGGGUUCAUUUUCUUUGCCAAUUAAAGAAUUGAAAGUCAGGAAAGAAGUAUUACCAGACUUGGGGAGUUCCAGCAGAGCCAUCAUAUAAUACCUGGGAAUUUGGGGUCCCAUCUUCAGGCUCUUCAUCUAUUAAGAAAGAAUUUAGGACUGGACACAAAUGGUAACUUGAGCAAAGAACAGACUCAAAUUAAGGACAACUUAGAGUUUAAAAACGAAGCUCCAGGGCAGGCAAGCUGUAAAUCUCACAGCUGUCUGAAAGGAAGAAGGAAAGCAAAGGGUAGGAAUAAAAGACACACUCUGGCCACUCAGAGGCAGCCGAAGCUCACAGAGGCUAUAGGGACUGCACUAUGAGAAUUCUGGCACAUUAUCUUAGAGUGAACCCAAGUUCCUAAGGGUGGCCUCUAGCCAGGUCCUUAUCCUACCCCACUGGAUUAACCCUUGGGGAGAAGACCAGGGCAUGUCUCCGCAUAGAGGUUGAUUCCACUAACGGUGGACACAGGCUGGGCCUUACAUCUAACACUCAGAGGUGUCAGUACAGACUGUAUCGUUAGGGCCCACCACUGCACAGACCAUAGCUCUGGUCAGGCCAGGUGACAACUCAUUUCCUGUUAUGUCCCCAGUUUUUCUUCCUCAUUGCGCCCACUACCCCCAAGAAAAAGAUUACCAUCCACCAAAAUGACCUGGCACCUAGCCUGUGCCAUGUGGGCUAGGCUGAGUUGAGUGCUGAGAAGCCCAGAAGUGCUUUUUGUUGUUUUGUUUUGGUCUGGGUGGUGAUGGCAGGGAAGUCAGAUCAGCGCCACAGUGAUCCUUAUGCCCUGUGCACCACAGAACAGUGACACACAAGGGGCCCAGGCCAGGAUGGUGAGGCAGUUUCAUGGCCUCCCCAAGCUCCUUGUGGGUGUGCAGUCAGGGUGCUAGGCGGGGGAGGAGCCCAACCGGCCAUCCAGACAGCGGAGCGGUAUCACGCGCCCGGAGAUCACGCGCCGGUGCUGGAGCUCGCUCUCGACUCCCCCGCCGCGGCGACGCGCACGAUCGGCCGCCGGGACCGCGCGGGACCAGGAGGAGGCGGAAGCGGCGGAGCGGUGGAUGGCGUUGGCGGCGAACGCGGGAUCGGAGGCCGGGAGUCGGCGGGGCGCGGCCUGGCACUGGGCGCUGGCGCUGCUCGAGCUGGCGGUGGCGCUGGGUGCGUCCCCGGCUUCUGGGCGUCGCUGGCCGGUGCCCUACAAGCGCUUCUCCUUCCGUCCAGAGCCUGAUCCCUACUGUCAGGCUAAGUACACCUUUUGUCCCACUGGUUCACCCAUCCCAGUUAUGAAAGAUAAUGACAUCAUUGAAGUCUUAAGAUUACAAGCCCCUGUUUGGGAAUUUAAAUAUGGAGAUCUCCUCGGACACUUGAAAAUCAUGCACGAUGCUAUUGGAUUCAGGAGUACACUGACUGGCAAGAACUACACCAUGGAAUGGUAUGAGCUUUUCCAGCUUGGGAACUGUACAUUUCCCCACCUUCGACCUGAAAUGGAUGCUCCUUUCUGGUGUAACCAAGGAGCAGCCUGCUUUUUUGAAGGAAUUGAUGACAAACACUGGAAGGAAAAUGGGACAUUAGCUCUAGUAGCGACCAUAUCUGGAAACACGUUUAACAAAAUGGCCAAGUGGGUGAAGCAGGACAAUGAAACAGGAAUUUAUUAUGAGACUUGGACCGUCCAGGCCAGCCCAGGAAAAGGAGCGGAGACAUGGUUUGAGUCCUAUGACUGUUCGAAAUUUGUAUUGAGAACAUAUGAAAAGCUGGCUGAAUUUGGAACAGAAUUCACAAAGACAGAAACAAACUAUACAAGAAUAUUUCUUUAUAGUGGAGAACCUACUUACUUGGGAAAUGAAACAUCUAUUUUUGGGCCAAAAGGAAACAAGACUCUUGCUUUAGCCAUAAAAAAAUUUUAUUACCCCUUCAAACCACAUUUGUCAACUAAAGAAUUUCUGCUGAAUUUCUUGGAAAUUUUUGAUUCAGUGAUUAUACACAGACAUUUCUACUUGUUUUAUAAUUUUGAGUAUUGGUUUCUACCUAUGAAGUUCCCUUUUAUUAAAAUAACAUAUGAAGAAAUCCCUUUGCCUACCAGACAGAAAACAUUUCCUGGUUUAUAACAACUUUCUACUGCUCUUUUCUCCCACUACCAGCACCAUUUAUUUCGGGGAAGUUUUUACAUUUGUGUAUCUAUUUGCUUUUCCUCUGGGGCACAAAGGCAAAACAUACAUUGUUGGGUUUGCUGCAUAUGAACAUUUGAAGACUCUCUUCAAAAAAAAACCUGAAACCCUAAUUAUAUUGGCCAAGGGCAUUGUAGUCUCAAUUUUGAUCUUACAGAAAAUUAUGAUUGAUCUCAGGUUGGAUUCUUUGGUUCCAAUAGGACAUUUUCAUGGAGUUAUUUUUCCUGGUACAAGUGUGCUGCUGCUUCGGUUGAGGUCAUUUUGGUCCUCUGGACUGUCCUUACAGUGGUUGUAACAUCAAGCUCCAGGUCUGACUACUUUCUAUUCAUAUAACCUUAAGCAUCUGACUAGACACUACUGCUGGAGCUGAGUUUCCAGACGUGGGAAAUACAGUAUUAAAGAGAAUUUCUGGGCAGCAUUUUAGAAUAAGCUAGCAACUGUCUUUUGUGAUGCAAGCAAUGAAAUAUCUUAAGAUUUGUACCCUUGUCUCCAAAAUGAUUCAUCCUCCAGGAAUGUGAAGAUUGAAGUCAGGUGUAUUUGGCAUGGGAUAGGCAGGCUGAAUGUUUAUGUAUUCAGGACUACCAGGAUUAAUCAAAGCACAAGCUCUCAUCCUUGAUUUUGCCUAAUGUAGGUUACAGGCCAGCCUUUCCUGGGUUUUAUAAUCACCUAGACCUUGAGCUGCUACACACUGCAGGCUGCUUCAGCAGCUUUUUGGACAUCCAGGACCAAGUAUCCGGCUGCACUCUGGCUGAGAGAACUGUCUUUCUGGCUCCCUCUCCAUGACCUGCAGGUCUGUGUCCUGUAACCCAUUCAGCCCGCACAGCAGAAGAGGCACACUUUCCAGGGAAAGGAUGGGUUUUUGUCAAGGGCUUUAAAGUCUUUGUGCUUGCACUGGAGCCAUCAAACAAGCUGUCUGCAUUUUAUAAUCAAAUGAACCCAGUUUUGUUUUGUUCUGUUUGCCCCUAUGAACACACCGGUACAAUGAUGGGGUGGAAAAAUAAUGUGUCAGUUACUCAGUUUCACCUAACAUUUAAGUGCUUCCUGAGAGGUUAGUGCAUUAGCAUUGAGCUCUCAUAAAAAGCUACACAGAUAUUGACUGGCCCAAGAGAGUAAAUGGGGCUUAGAGCAAGGUUAAGUGACCUCUCCAAGGCCACCCGAUAAUAGUAAUAGAAUUGCACUUUGACUCAGGUUAUGCUGGAUAAACUGGUCGCACUGUAUGUUUGUCAGCAGUACUUAAAUUGUGGUCUUCAGACUACUCUCUGUCCACCAAACUUACCAGUCUGUAUUUUGUUUCUGUUCAAUCUAAUUAAAAAGAAAGAAAAAAAACUUGGA